AUGCCACAGUCCCGGUGUAAUGAGCCGUGUUCUCCAGGACACAGGAAAGCUUCUAAUGGAGGAUAUCACAUCUGCUGCUAUGACUGUGUCCCCUGUUCUGAGGGAGAAGUGUCCAAUAUAACAGACUCUACAACUUGCCAUGAAUGUCCUAAAGAAGAGUGGCCUGAUGAGAAGAAAGUGAAAUGCAUUCCCAGAAUGUACGAUUUUCUUUCCUAUGAGAAGGACAUUCUAACUUUCAUAUUUUUAGGAAUAGUUUUAUUUUUUUCUGCUAUGACAUUGAUCAUAUUAAGAAUCUUCAUUUAUUACUGGGACACACCAAUUGUUAAAGCCAAUAACCGGACUGUGAGCUUCAUCCUCCUGGUCUCCAUCUUGCUGAACUUCCUCAGUGUCUUCUUGUUCCUUGGCCGUCCAGUGGACAUAACCUGUUUACUGAGACAAACCUCAUUUGGUAUCUUCUUCUCUAUUAGUGUCUCUUCUCUUCUGGACAAAACUAUCACAGUCUGCAUUGCCUUCAAAGCCACCAAACCUGGAAGUAUCUGGGUGAAGUGGAUGUCAUUCAAUGUGUCAAAUUAUGUGGUCUUGGUGUGUUCUUCUGUACAAGUUCUCAUAUGUGUUAUUUGGUUGUUGAUGUCUCCUCCUUAUGUAGAGUUUGACCAUCACUCUUAUCCUGGGAAGAUCGUCAUUCAGUGUAAUGAAGGCUCGGUCAUCGCCUUCUACUCCAUGUUAGGUUAUAUGGGGUUCCUGGCAGCUGUGAGCUUUGUUCUGGCUUUCAUGGUGAGGACAUUACCGGACAAUUUUAAUGAAGCCAAGUACAUCACCUUCAGCAUGCUGCUGUUCUGCAGUGUCUGGAUCGCCAUGAUACCAGCUUAUCUGAGCACUAAAGGGAAGUACAUGGUGGCUGUGGAGAUAUUUGCCAUAUUGACCUCAUGUUCUGGCCUACUUGGUUGUAUAUUUCUUCCAAAAAUAUAUAUUGUUCUUUUUGAUCCUAGUUUGAACUCCAGAAAAGCAAUUUUGGAGAGAAAUAAGAUAUAG